AUGAGUGCGAACUGGAUGGGCUUUACCACAGGCUACUUGACAGGCGGCGAUGGACACUUCUUUGGCAUUGAUCUGUGUGGAGAUGAAUCUGCCGCUCUUACGGGAACGUCUUGUGAGGAUAUGCCGAACACGGCUGUGUGUGAAACGGACGAGAAGGCUGCAGCGGGGCAAGUCAACCGCACAGUUGGGUUUAAGAAUGGAGUGCUUCUAAUGACUUUCACGGGUGGCAAAGCUUGUCGAAAUGGUCUCACACGCACCAGCACCAUCACGUUUGUGUGCGAUCGGACGGCUAUGGGCUAUCCCGUGUUCGUGGAAGAAGAGGACGACUGCAGUUACUACUUUGAAUGGCGCACAGCAGCAGCCUGUCCUGCCCUUCAGAAGAACCAACACGUGUGCUACGCCGUUGACGUAGAGAGUGGCCGUAUGUAUGACCUCUCUCCGCUUCAGGCGCAUGACGGCGACUUUGUGGCUAUGGGAGGCGAUAGAGACGUUGAGUUCCAUCUGAGCGUGUGCAGGCCUUUACAGCACACACCCAAGGGCUGCAUCAACGGCACGUCCAUCUGCUCCCACAACCCGCACGACGAGUCCGCACCUGGCGGGUCCCAGGGCUUCUUUACGGGUGCACCCACAGUCACUGAGGGGGUGGUGACCAUACUGUACACCGGAGGGGCUGUGUGUGAAGAUGUGUAUGGUGUCAGUGGGAAGGGUGUGAGCUCGGGCGAUGUGGUUGACCUGUCUGGCAUCGAGGACGAUCCGAUG